AAAACAGAAUGAGUAUAAAUGAAAGAAGGAGCGUUUCUUUAAUGCAUAGUUAGGUUGACACCUUUGAAGGUGCCGCGGCGACCCAAUCAAUCCUAACUCUCUUUUAUUUAAAAGCUAUAAUCUUUCCGACAAUCUUUGUCUCCCCUCUCUUCUGAGAUUUUACGAUGUCAACACCAGCGAGGAAGAGGCUUAUGAGGGAUUUCAGGAGGUUGCAGCAAGAUCCUCCUGCCGGAAUCAGUGGUGCUCCUCAUGACAACAACAUCUUGCUCUGGAACGCUGUUAUCUUCGGUCCAGAUGAUACACCUUGGGAUGGAGGUACUUUUAAGUUGACUCUUCAAUUCACAGAGGAUUAUCCAAACAAACCACCAACUGUUCGUUUUGUUUCUCGCAUGUUUCACCCAAACAUCUAUGCAGAUGGGAGUAUCUGUCUUGAUAUCUUACAGAACCAGUGGAGUCCUAUCUAUGAUGUCGCAGCGAUUCUUACAUCUAUCCAGUCGCUGCUCUGUGAUCCCAACCCAAACUCGCCUGCGAACUCAGAAGCUGCUCGCUUAUUCAGCGAGAGCAAGCGUGAGUACAACAGACGUGUUAAGGAGAUUGUCGAACAGAGCUGGACCGCUGAUUAAUAACUCACACCCCAGUUUGUAAUAUUUGAAGUGGAGAGGCCUAUCAAAUUGGUGAAAAACAGUUUGUUUGUUUCAUGCCUCCAGUUCAGUAUAUGUAAUGUAAUUACUGGAUGAACCUAUAUAUUACAUUUUCCUGAUAAGACAAUCUUGCUUGCUUCUAAGUUGUGUGUAUGUAAACUUUUUAAAGAAUCUUGUCCAUGUUCA